AUGAUGAACCAUGAUGACGAUGAUGUAUCAUCAUGGCUUACACUCUCACUACCAUGUUCAUCAUCCCUUGGACCUUUUAACACUACGUACCAUGGUGUUCCUCAUGCUGCUGCACUUUCAUACAAAGAACAAGAUAUGGUGAAUUCAUCAUCUUGUCUUACACUUUCUCUAUCACCACCUCAACCUCAACAGUUAGAAUACGCUCCAUUAACACCUUCACUUUCUCCUCCUAAUGCUAUCACUGGUAGCAAUAGCGUGGUGCUGGAAAGUCCUCAAACUAUUCAACCACCGUUCCCAUGGGCAACUUUAAAGCCCGCCACCGUUCACACUAUUAACCACUUGUUGUAUGAUUUGAAUAUUAACACUAUUUCAGGUACUCUUGAAUGCAAAUUCUGUAAGUUUCAACAAACUGACGUUCGUUUUGAUUUGCUUGAAAAGUUUGAGAAAGUGGCAAAUUUCAUCGAGGAGAAAAAGUCUGAGAUGUUUGAACGUGCACCGGAUGCAUGGAUGAAACCUGUGUUGCCAAACUGCAGGAAUUGUGGUCCUAAAAGCAAAAUGAGGCCAUUGAUUGGAAAGAAUGAAGAGAUCAAUUGGCUGUUUUUGUUUUUGGGUGAGAUGAUAGGUUGUUGCAAUCUUGUGCAUUUGAAGUAUUUUUGCCAACAUGCUAAUAUUCACAGAUCAGGUGCCAAAGAUAGAUUGCUAUAUCAAACAUAUUUGAGUUUAUACAAACAACUCCAACCACACUGA